AUGUCUGACUCCGACUUUGAGCAGGUUAGGCGGCUUCAAGCCGAGCGGAAUGCUGUCGCUGCAGCCAAAAAAGGUUCAAAAACCUUCGACCCAUCCAGUCAGCGCACUGACUUUUCCACAAAGGCCUCCCUAACUGAAAGUUUUGAUACCGAGCUCUACGAACGCAAUGGUGUCGAUAAGUAUUCAGGGUACAAUACCUCCAUUCCCGUCGAUGGCGAUGAGGACAUGGAGGAUGCAGAUACAGGGCAUCGACUAGUUGGUCAGUACACGGCUAGCAGGGACCUGAUCAACGAAAUGGCAAGUGGCAACGGUGUUGAAGAGGAGGAUAUCUUACUUGGCCGUGAGAAAUCUGCUAGAAUUGCCGACCGUGAGAGCGAUUACCAGAAGCGCCGAUUCAACCGUGGUCCGCUCACACCGACUCGAGCUGAUCCAUUCGCUGCCAACACACAUGCCAACGUCGAACCUGAAGGCCAGACUUAUCGAGAAGUCAUGGCGCUCCGUGAACUUGAGAAAGAAGAAGAGCGUGUUCAGAAGCUCAUCAGUGAGAAACGCGCCGCAGGUGAAAGUGUUGAAUACCAAGCAACCUUGAAUGAUGAGGCUGACAAAGAAAACAUCGACGCUGGCUCGACCGUCGCCGUCGCCGCUGGACGCAAGAGGAAACAACGAUGGGAUGUCACUUCGGAUGAAAGCGCCGCGGCGGCUACCGAAGAGGAGAAUAAAGUCAAAGCUAAGAAGUCGCGAUGGGAUCAGACUCCGGCUGUUCCCACACCAGACGAACAGGCUCCCAAGCGACACUCUCGUUGGGAUCAAGCACCGGCUGCACCAGCUGUUGGUGCAACUCCCGUGGGUCAGCCAGGCCUUGCGACACCAGCGCAUCCAUCGAUGGGUGCUGUAGCGGCACCUCUUGUUCCUCUUUCUGGUCGUAACGUUGUGUGGACAGACGAGGAAUUGGAUAUGAUGCUUCCUACUGAAGGCUAUCAAGUUCUCACACCUCCCCCGGGCUAUGAACCUGUUAGGAAUCCUGCACGAAAGCUUACAGCCACUCCUGCCGCUAUACCUAGCGCAAGCGGAUAUGGAGGCUUUAUGAUGCAAGAACCGGAGAGCGCUCGCACUCUUGGUAAACAGCUUCCGACCGAUAUUCCUGGAGUCGGCGAUCUUCAAUUCUUCAAGGCUGAGGAUAUGGCAUACUUUGGAAAAUUGGUUGAUGGUGCAGAUGAGAACAGCCUGUCUGUUGAAGAAUUGAAGGAAAGGAAGAUUAUGAGGCUGUUGCUAAAAGUCAAGAACGGAACCCCACCCAUGCGUAAGACCGCUCUUCGUCAGCUCACCGACAAUGCUCGCCAGUUUGGUGCCGGUGCACUUUUCAACCAGAUCCUCCCGCUAUUGAUGGAGAAAUCGCUUGAAGAUCAAGAGCGUCAUCUGCUAGUCAAAGUCAUCGAUCGUGUUCUAUACAAGCUUGACGAUCUUGUUCGGCCAUAUACUCAUAAGAUCCUCGUUGUUAUCGAGCCUCUGCUUAUCGACCAAGACUACUAUGCUCGUGUGGAAGGUCGUGAGAUCAUUUCGAAUCUGGCUAAAGCCGCAGGACUUGCACAUAUGAUCAGUACUAUGCGUCCAGAUAUUGAUCACGUCGAUGAAUAUGUGAGGAACACCACUGCUAGGGCAUUUGCUGUUGUUGCUUCAGCGUUGGGUAUACCGGCUCUGCUUCCUUUCCUACGCGCUGUCUGCCGUAGUAAAAAGUCAUGGCAGGCUCGACACACUGGUGUCAAAAUCGUGCAGCAAAUUCCUAUUCUUAUGGGCUGUGCUAUUCUACCCCAUUUGAAAGGACUGGUUGAUUGUAUAGCUGACAAUCUCAGUGACGAACAAGCCAAGGUUAGGACAGUCACCAGCUUGGCUAUUGCUGCAUUAGCUGAGGCGGCCAAUCCUUAUGGUAUUGAGAGCUUUGACGACAUCCUCAAUCCGCUGUGGACAGGUGCCCGGAAACAGCGUGGAAAAGGUCUCGCGGGAUUCCUGAAAGCUGUUGGCUACAUCAUCCCUUUGAUGGAUGAAGAGUAUGCCAACUACUAUACUAGUCAGAUCAUGGAGAUUUUGCUACGAGAAUUUUCUUCCCCGGACGAGGAAAUGAAGAAGGUUGUGUUGAAGGUGGUGUCGCAGUGUGCCCAAACCGAUGGUGUCACGGCGCAAUAUCUAAAGGAGAAUGUUCUACAAGAUUUCUUCAAAAGCUUCUGGGUGAGGCGUAUGGCUUUGGAUAAGCGCAACUACCGUCAGGUCGUGGAGACUACAGUUGAUCUUGGCCAAAAAGUCGGGGUGGGAGAGAUCCUGGAACGUAUUGUCAACAAUCUCAAGGAUGAGAGCGAGGCGUACCGAAAAAUGACUGUCGAAACAGUAGAAAAGUUGAUCGCUUCUUUGGGAGCGGCAGAUAUCUCGGAGAGGCUGGAGGAACGACUUAUUGAUGGCGUCCUGCUUGCUUUCCAGGAACAGAGCGUUGAGGAUAUCGUCAUAUUGAACGGAUUUGGCACUGUUGUCAAUGCCCUCGGAACCAGAUGCAAGCCGUACCUUCCUCAGAUUGUUAGCACUAUUUUGUGGCGGUUGAAUCACAAGUCUGCCACAGUUCGUCAACAAGCUGCCGACCUGGUUUCCCGAAUUACUAUCGUGAUGAAGCAGUGCGGCGAGGAUGCACUCAUGGGCAAACUCGGUGUUUUGCUCUAUGAGUAUUUGGGUGAAGAGUAUCCGGAAGUGCUCGGAUCCAUUCUCGGCGCUCUACGAUCGAUUGUCACCGUGGUUGGUAUCAAUCAGAUGCAGCCUCCUAUUCGCGACCUCCUUCCUCGACUUACCCCUAUCCUUCGCAAUCGACAUGAAAAGGUACAAGAAAAUACUAUUGACCUGGUUGGUCGUAUUGCAGAUCGCGGUCCGGAAUCUGUCAAUGCUCGAGAAUGGAUGCGUAUCUGUUUCGAGCUUUUGGAUAUGCUCAAGGCUCACAAGAAGGGAAUCCGUCGUGCGGCCAACAAUACUUUUGGUUUCAUUGCCAAAGCCAUUGGUCCACAAGACGUGCUUGCGACCUUACUCAAUAAUCUGCGAGUACAAGAACGACAGUCGCGAGUUUGUACAGCGGUUGCUAUUGCCAUUGUGGCCGAGACUUGUGCUCCAUUUACGGUACUCCCAGCCUUGAUGAACGAAUACCGAGUGCCGGAACUCAACGUGCAAAACGGUGUUCUCAAAGCCAUGUCUUUCCUGUUUGAAUAUAUCGGAGAAAUGGCCAAGGACUAUGUUUAUGCAGUGACACCUCUACUGGAAGACGCAUUGAUUGAUCGCGACCAAGUCCAUCGUCAGACCGCAGCCACGGUCGUCAAACACAUUGCUCUCGGCGUGGUCGGUCUCGGCUGCGAGGAUGCAAUGAUCCAUUUACUCAAUUUGCUAUACCCGAACAUCUUCGAGACCAGUCCACACGUCAUUGACCGUAUCAUCGAAGCCAUUGACGCGAUUCGCAUGGCUGUCGGAACGGGCGUUGUUAUGAACUACGUCUGGGCGGGUCUGUUCCAUCCGGCGCGGAAAGUGCGUACGCCGUAUUGGCGAUUGUACAAUGAUGCCUACGUGCAGAGUGCGGAUGCGAUGGUACCCUAUUACCCAAAUUUGGAGCAUGACGGGGUAUCGAGGGCUGAGUUGUCGAUUGUGAUUUAGAUUCUUCAUUAUGUACUUAGUAGAAGGCGCUGGGGCGGUGAUACUCUAGUUAGUUCUUGUAUACCUAUUUCUCUCUCUGUCUUGAAUAAAUUGAUUUCUUAAAUC